AUGCAGAUGGCGGCGCCUGCGGCCCGCCCGAGGAUCGCUCUGUGUGCCUUCCUGGACGAGGCCGCGACGCUGAAGCCCGGGCGCUGCCACGUCUUCGCACAGGCCGUGCUUUCGCCCGGCGGCGUGCCCUGGGCCCCUGCCUGGAGCAGGACGAGGCGGAGCGGGCCUGGCCUGGCUCUGGCCGCGCUGGUCGUCGGCGGCGCGACGGCUCCGCAGGCGCGCGCCGGAAGCCCCGUGGUGCCCAUCCGCCAGGAGGACGCCCUGCCCGGCAGGGCCCAGGCCCUGCGCGUCAGCGACAGGCACUACGUGCUGGGCACGCCCAUGAGGGGGCCGUGGCCUCCCGGCCUCGAGGUCUUCGUCUUCGCCAACGGCUGCUUCUGGGGCAGCGAGAAGGGGAUCUGGCGCCUGCCCGGCGGCGGGGUGCACUCGACCGCGGUGGGGUACGCCGCGGGCUUCACCCCGAACCCCACCUACGAGGAGGUGGUCUCGGGCGGCACGGGGGCCGCAGAGGCGGUGCAGGUGGUCUUCGACCCCAGGAAGAUCGGCCUCGUGGACCUGCUGCGCUGGGGCACGGCCGCGGACUUCGACGAGGGCCAGCGCGAGCUCUUCGAGGCCAGCCGGCGCGCGUACGAGGAGGCGUUGAGGGAGGCUGGCAAGGGCGGCGGGCCCGUCACCACCGAGAUCCUGGCGGCGGCCGACUUCCCGCAGCUCUUCUACUACGCCGAGGACUGGCACCAGCAGUACCUGGCCAAGCCGGGCGCCAGGCCGUACUGCUCGGCGCAGCCGCUGCAGGUUCCACUGCCGCCCUUCGAGCGGUGGGGCACGCCAGCGCUGCUCGCCAACUUCAGCCAGCGCCUGCCGGAGGCAUUCUGGAGCCAGCACGCCCCGAAGCCCCACGGCGUCGUGAAGGCGCCGACCGCGCCGAUCGCCUGGAGCCCGGACCCCUCCGAGCUAUGGCGCGGCGCCGCGGCGCCGUGCCGCCCGCGCGCGGCGCUGAUCGGCGCUGCUCGCUGGCUCGCGGGCGGCCGCUCCGAGGGGUGGUUUGUCUCGGGGCGGCGCCGCGGCCGGUCGGCGCUGAGCGUCGAGCGCGCUGCGCCCGUGGGUGGCCGCGCUCGAGCUGAAGGAAAAGGCGGCGCGUCCGCGGAGGCGCCAGGGCAGGUGUUCUUCCCGCGCGCACUUUUUGGCUUCAUGGAAACAGCCAUGUGA